CAUGAGCAGUAGCAUUAGAAUCGUUUGGCUGGUACGAGUCCCAACUCCAAGAGUCGACAAUUGGACAUAAAAACAGUACAAUCCGAGACGCGAUAUCGUCCCCGCGCCACGGCCUGGCGGUGCCUCCGACACGAUAGUUUCCCGCUGCGUCCGGCCGGCCAGCGAUGGGUCCCCAGUGAACCCGUCCGCGACUCAUCCCUCUCAGCCGGCGGCAAUAUGUGUCGCCGCGGCAUCAGCGGCUGCGCGACGCAGGCGACGCACGACAUAAAAGCCGCUACCGCCGCCGCCGCCGCCACUUGCCACUGCCGAUUGCGUUCGACUCCGGGGAGGGAGCGACUCAGCACUGUCACCGCUCCAGGUCGGUUAGCGUCUAAAAACACUUGAGGCGACCCAACCAGCCAAUGAAGGUACUGGGUGUGAGCUUGGCUGUCAUGUUGUUUCUACACACAUUGGCUCCGGCAAGAGCGCUAUAUCUCAACAGAAAUACUCUUGACGAUGCACCAGAGCUGCGUCCCCGGCUGUCGGGCGGAGAGCUGCGGCAGCUCGGCAGGCUGUCGGGCGGUGAGCUGCGGCAGCUCGGCCGGCUGACGGGCGGUGAGCUGCGGCAGCUCACCGCCGGCCGCCAGCGCCGCUCCCGCCUGCCGCUCUGCAAGCGCGUCAAGCAGGAGGUGCCGCCGAUCUGCGCCGACGACGUCGAGUGCCAGCGCCACUACCUGCAGUACGUCAACAACAUGGUGCGGAUGCUGGACGCCGGCCGGCGCCGGCGGCGGUGAGCCGUCACGGAGAGGGGGACAGACGGCGGCGGCCACCUGCACCGAGCGGAGACCGGGACGACGGACAGACGGGCGGCCCCGGCCCUUAUAGACACCGUGGAGACGAACAGGCGGCGGUCAGCGGCCCGCCCGGUUCAGACGCUGAGCUCGAUAGGGGCCGGCCAGGCGGUCCGUCGGCGCCGAGCUCAAUAGGGGCCGGCCAGGCGGUCCGUGGGCGCCGUCCACUGCCGUGUGACCGGAGCGAGCCGAGGAUUUGGGCGCGGGCCGUGGCCGCUCGCGGCAGACGCUCCGCGCCAGCUGCACGCAGCGCGGCGGCCGCUGAUGAUCUCAGCCGUCCCCUCUGGCUCAGUGUCCGAUAUCAAUUGCCAUCCUCAGCGAUCUCAGUGGUUCAGUGUCCGAUGUCUGUGGCAUAAUCAUAAUCAACGGUGUGCAUAUGUGACAAAUACAAGUAGCUUCCAA